CUUAUUGAAAAAUUCCGUCCCGACAUGCGUAUGUUGUCCGUACCCAAUUAUGCCCUCUAUGAAGUUCAUGCUAAUGGCGAAGAAAGACGCUUAAAUCCAGAUGAAAAACCUCUACUGGUACAAUUAAAUUGGCACAUAGAUGACAGAGAAGGCAGAUUUCUAUUAAAAAAUAUUGAUCAAAAAACUACCCCCAUCGAACAGACCGACAUUAAUUUCAAAAGAAAACUCUCCAAACGUGAGAAAAAAGAACAGAAAAAGAAGGACAAACUGGCCAAGCUAAAUACAGAUGGCACCAAUACCACCAUUAACAGUCAUACCAACGGUCUGAAUGGUUCGAAUGGCACCGAGUCAGAAACCCAAGUAGCGGGUAAAUUAUAUACCGAACUACCAGAGACCUCCUUUACACGUUCCAUUUCAAACCCGGAGGCAGUAAUGAGACGCCGCCGUCAACAGAAGUUGGAAAGAAAUUACAACAGUUUCGUUCACGAGAUGGUGGACCCGAUACGGGUGGUACACUAAAGAUUUACGGUGAAAGUUUAUGUCAAGAUGUGCCUUAUAAAACGUUACUGCUGUCGAUACGUGAUUGUGCUCAGGCGGUGGUUAGGGAAAUGUUAACGAAAUACGGUUUGGAAAAAGCCGAUCCAAUGCAUUAUUGUUUAGUACAGGUUAAUAGCGAUGGCUCUGAAUAUAUCUUAGAUGAUGAUGAAUGUCCUUUGUCAAUUUUAAUGAAUCAUCCAACAUCAAGGGGUAAGUUGAGAUUUUAUUUGUUUUUUUUUUAGUUUAGAGCAAGUUCGAAUUUAAAAAUUUUGAUCAG